UUCGAGAAAACAUUUUUGAAACUCCUGUCUAGUUGGUUGACAGUUGGUACUUGACGAAUUGAAAAACAGAGCAACGCGGUAACCGGUGACUACGUUCUGCAAACAACACAAGAACCCAAUUUGAUCUCAAUUACAGAGCGAUUACUUUGUGUAGAAAACACUAAUAACUUCCUUUGUUCCAAAUAACAUAGAGUGGGAUUUCUAGUGAUAAUAGUCUAAGGCAGUUUGAUUGAAAUGGCGAACGAUCCCGAAAGGUUUGAUACUAUGCUGCUAGCGAUGGCCCAGCAGCACGAGGGUGGUGUUAAAGAUCUCCUUCACACCAUUGUCAGUUUCCUUUCAAGAAAAACUGACUUCUUUACUGGAGGAAAAGAUGGAGAAUGGGAAAAGGUGGUUAAAGAUACAUUCUAUGCCCACGCAACGAAAGCCAAAGAGGCAGCAGAUAAAAUCAAGAAAGAAAAAGAGGAAGAAGCAAAGAGACUGAAAGAUAUUCAGGCAAAGAAGGAGAAAGAGCGUCUAGAACAGGAUUUCGAGCCAGCUAAGGUUGUAGAGCUGACUGAACAAGAGGCUGAUAAAUUGCAAGCCGACAUAGAUAUGGAAAAAAACAAAACAAAAGAGGUAGGAAGUGGCGAUGGUGGUGAAAGCAGCACUGAAGCCGAUAAACCUGCAGAAGAAGAAGAAGAUGAUGACCCCAAAGAAAAAGGCAAGCUUAAGCCUAACGCUGGCAAUGGUUGUGAUCUGGAGCACUACCGGUGGACACAGACUUUGGAAGAGGUUGAGCUGCGAGUACCACUCCGGCAGGUACUGAGACCCCGCGACCUUACCGUGGUGAUCUCCAAGAAGCAUCUCAAAGUGGGCAUCAAGGGCCAGCCGCUGAUCAUUGACGGGGAACUUGACGCCGAAAUUAAGAUGGAGGAGUCCACGUGGGUGCUUCAAGAUGGACGCAACCUGCUUGUCAACUUGGAGAAGGUGAACAAAAUGAAUUGGUGGAGCAGAUUAGUUACGACAGAUCCUGAAAUAUCUACGAAGAAAAUCAACCCAGAGCCAUCUAAACUAUCUGACCUUGACGGAGAAACCCGCGGGCUAGUCGAGAAGAUGAUGUACGAUCAGAGACAGAAGGAAAUGGGGCUCCCCACCAGCGACGAACAGAAGAAACAAGACGUACUCAAAAAAUUCAUGGAACAACAUCCAGAGAUGGACUUCUCGAAGUGCAAAUUUAACUAAUUUAAGUUAAUAUUAUAAUGUCUUAUAAGCUAAUUUUAUAUUUUUGUUCGUUAUAACAUAUGUCGCAUGGCGUACGCCUUUUAAUGCCAUACAUAAAAUUACAUGCAAAUAUUAUAUGUUUAAUUCCCUACCUUAUCGCGUUAAAAGUAUUUUAUUGAAAUUAAAUGAUACUUAACUCAAAUUAAGAUUGUCCUCAUUUGCUUGUUAUAUACUUUUAUUUCACAAGAAAAUCUCAAUCAAAACUCACUAGCUUCCUUAGUAACAUACAACUUGAAUAUAAAUCUAAAAACUUGCUUCCUUGUAUUUGUUAUGUGAAUUAUUUUUAGUAUUCAUUUGGAAAUACAACUAAACUAAGCAAUUACGAGAUUAUAAUACCACAUGUUUGAAUUUUAAAAUCAUGGAAUUCGAAUAGGGUCAAUUUAAAUAAAAUAAAUGUGCUAAGCUUUGCUACAUAAGCGGACUAAACUCAUUUGGUUUUGGUUCUAAUGUAAUAACGUAUUUGUACUUACUAUUGUGUUAUAGUCAGAUGUAUUUUGAAUAUAUAGAGAACUACAAUCUAUAGUAAAUAACCUAACAAAUAUGUAUUCAUUCCAAUCCGAUUGAUACAGAUUACUCAUACUUGAAAUAAACAUUUCAGGAUA